UAGGGAGCUCAAAUCCUUAUCCUCGUAUUGAUUAAUAACAUCUAAAAUGAUCAAACCAUUAUAGAAAAAGGCGAACCAUUACCCAAAAGAUCAAAACGAUGGGGUUUUUUUUUUUUUUUAAACUGGCUCUGUUUUCAUAACCUUAUUAGCUGCUGAUCCGAACAAGUUAGUACUGUUGAUAGAAACCGUUCUAGUGAAAAAUGUAUGCAAAACACUAAUUGAGGAUUGAAUUUAGUGAGGUAAUUUUGAUUCGACCCGUUUUAUUCGAUUUGUUUGAUUUGUUUCGGGGCAGGUAUGGGUACUCUCAUCGAUCUGAUCUGUCCCGCUCCAUUCUUAACCAGUUCUUGUCCUGUUCCAUUCUUAACCGGUUCUUGUCUAAAUUACUUGUAAUCUUAAUCAAAUUAUUUAGAAUUUUCCUUUUAUUUCAUCAUAUUUUAGUUAUAAUAAAGUUGUAAAUUAGUGAAAAUCUCAAUUUCUCCAAUAAUGUAACUAUAUUUAUCAUAUUGUUUGUUUUCUUGGUCUUAUAAUAAAAAUAACUGAUAUUUUUAAUAUUUUUAUCUAAAUUACAUACCCAUUGGAUUGGCAUGUCCCGAUCUACGACUCGUAAUAAAUUAUAUGAUCUGGAUCCAACCUGCCACGGACAGAUCUAAAUAGUCGGUACCAAAAAAUCCAUCUCAAACCUGCGAAUUGUCAUUCCUAAUUGAAUUUAUCACUAAUUAUAAAUAAUUUCAAAUUCAUAUGAUAUAUCCCAAAUUUAUAACAAAUCCUUCAAACUAUCUGAAAAAAUGGAUCAUAAAAAAUUAUUAAUUUUAAGUUAGUAAUUAUGGUGGCAAUAUUCUGCAAUGGACUAUAUAAUGUCGACCAGGGGUAGGAACCAAGGAUAUGAGAAAGUAGAAAUAAAAUUAUUUAUUCAAAUUGGAUGGCGUCCUAGUUUAUAUUAAAAUACUUGAGGAAUUUUACCAUGCUUUAAAGCAUUGGUGCUUUAGUUUUUUUUUUAUGGUACAACUUGAAGUUGUACCUUUAACGUUAUGGUACAACUUUAGGUUGUACCUAUACUUUUUUGUAAAAUCUUUUUAUGGUACAAACUAAAGUUGUACAUUUAAGUUAUGGUACAACUUGAAGAGUUGAAAUUGUAGCACAACAUAAAGAUCAAAUUUCCUAAUGGUACAACUCUAACUUGUACCUUUAACGUUGUAGUACAACUUAAACUUGUACUUUAAAGCACCGAUACUUUAAAGCAUAGUAGAAAAGCUCUAAAAUACUUAUCUUCAUAAUUUUUUGUGAUUAAAAUGAUGAAUCAGUGAAUCAGUGAAAUGGAAGUGACUCAUAUGAUUUCAUGUUGAACCGUUAAAAUUCGUUAGGUUCAUCCCUAACCUGAUAAGCAAAUAGGCAGAAUUACUAUUGUAAUAGGUUAGUGAUUCUACUGGUCGGACCAAUGGGCUAAUUGGAGCGCUCAAAUUUCCGGGUUAAAGGACGGGUCGGGUGGCCCAUCUAUUCUGUUGUUUGUAUCAUCACCACACUCAUCCUCCCGAGCUGCUGCUGUAGUUGCGCAGCUUGUCGUCAAUGGAGUCGCUUUUCCACACCUCCUCUGUAUUCUAUCCAAACCCAACCCUUACCCGACGAGGGAUAAUCGCCGGCGGCAGCAGCAAUUCUACCUUUUCAUUCGACUUUCCCCUUCAUUUCUCUUCCUCUUCUUCUUCCGCUCCUCUGCCGUCCCUCAAUUUGAGGAGGGAAUCGACCGCGGCAGUUCGCGCUCGGAAGAAGAAAGACAAGAAAUACGAAGACGACAGCCAUUACUUCGCUCCCAAACAAGAUGAAUCCACCGGACCUUUCCCCGAAGCCGUCCUUCUCCGGCAGAAGCAAGUGCAGGAAGACGGCAGCGUCAUGCCCGAAUUCGCUGAUGGCGAAGAAGAAGAGCUAUACGACUUUCUUAACCUGGAGCUUCAGAGCGAUUUGAAGGACGACCUGAUGAGGCAUUACGAAGUGGUUUAUCUAAUCCAUGAGAAGCAUGCCGAAGAAGUCGAUGCUGUGAAUGAGAAGGUUCAAGAUUUCCUGAGGGAGAAAAAGGCGAAGAUAUGGAGAAUGAAUGACUGGGGGAUGAGAAGGCUGGCAUACAAGAUUCAGAAAGCCAAGAAUGCUCACUACAUUCUGAUGAACUUCGAGAUUGAAGCUAGAUGGAUCAAUGAGUUCAAGACCAUGCUAGACCAGGAUGAAAGGGUCAUUCGACACCUUGUGAUCAAGAGAGAUAAAGCCAUCACCGAGGACUGCCCUCCUCCACUCGAGUUCCAUACCCUUCGUGCUGGUAUGGAUGAUGAUGAUGAUCUAGAUGAAGAGCUUGACGAUGACGAGGAGUGGGAUGAAGAGGAUGAUGAAGAAGAAGAAGGUGAGGUGGAGGAUGAUGAUGGAGUUGUGAUUGUGAACAUUGAUGAUGAUGAGGAGGAAGAAGAGAAUGAGAGUGUGAAUUCAACUGGUUUAGGGAACUUGAGGAGAAGGAAUAAGGUGGCUGAUAAAGUGAGAAGGUAGUUUCUUCAGGGUAGGUUUGAGGGUAGGUUUGAUUAGUGUGUGUUGAUGAGUCCGUGGUUUUAUCAGAAGAUGGUUAUAGUACAAGGUAGUUAGUUUUCCUAAUAUUGUUGAAGCUCCUUUGCCCUGGAUCUUUCACUUUCUACUCUUGCCCUUGCUAUUAUUUGCAUAUCUAUCCUUGUUUCAGCUGAGUAGGGCUUCAUAGGUAUGUCUCUUCUAGUAAUCCUUCGAAGCCAUAUUCGAUUUUGAAUAGCACCUCGAGAGGUGUCGAAGCAUUGAGCCGGUUCGACAGAGAGUUCAAGGCUGCGAGGGAAAUGUCGAUCAGGCUCAGAGCUGAGGCUAGUGUUCAUGGUCUACGACUAGCUAGCAAAGCUUGAGGGUCAAGGCCGGAGAAUUGCCUUGGCACUUCCUGAAGCCGGCCUGACAGGCAUGUCAGUUUGUCAAGCCGACCUAAGAAGCUAAGAGCUGAUAUGAGCUCGGUUGUCAAAAUGAACUAGAGAUUUACAAGUGAGUAGAGAAGUUGAACACAAAUUUGAAGGGCAACCAAUGCUUUGCUUGUUUGGAUGGAUGGAUGGAGUUAGAAACCUUAAUGAAAGGUCGCACGCUUCUAGGCUCUAUCAACAUCCAUCACUUUUGGCUUAGGUAGGAAAUGUGAAAUGAAUUCGCAUUUGGGGGGCAGUUGGUAAGGAAAUGAAUUGCGAUACACGUAAAUGUUUGAAUUCCAUACAACGCAUUUAUUUAUUUUAGGUAGAAUUUGUCUUCUUCUUAGCUAGGGGAUGGAUGCUCUACGCAAUUCAAAUUCGAUGUCAUGCUACGAAUUCUGAAUGACAUUUGCUCCAAGACACUAUUUUUAUUGCAAUUCAAACUAGAUAACAAUUUUAAGUGAAACGGGCAUAAAGUCAUAAACGGUAGACCAUCACGGUGUUUUAAAUUUUCAUUAAACAGGAGGGAAUACG